AUGGUGACGCCUGCCGAAGUUCCCUUGCCGCCGGACGACUCGCCGUCUGUCUCUCCACUCAACAACCAACAGCACCAGUCAUGGCCGGGAUCCGAUUCUUCCUCGCCUGGCACCGCCUCGCACCACCAGGCGGUCGAGAGUGGCCGGAGCACCGCCAGCAGCAGCUCGCCGUCGACGGACCAGCAGCAGCAAAACGCCGCCGGCGAUGCCAACAAGGCUCGUGAGACGACGGUUCCGGCCGCCUGCCUGGCAUGCCGAAACAAGCACCUCAAGUGCGAUGGUCAAAGCCCCUGCGCACGCUGUCUCUCUUCGCAGAGCGAAUGCAUCUACGUCGCCUCCCGCCGCGGCUACAAGGGCCCGCGCCGCGGCACCGCCCAGAACCCCAACAAGCGCCAGGCCACCUCGCCCCCCGACAACCCCGACUGCCCCAUGCUCCUCGGCGCUGGCGGCUUCCCUCCCUCGGCCAUGGGCACCCCGGCAUCUCACCUGACCCCGAACUCGGGACCUUCCAACAUGCAGCUCUACAAGUCGUACUGCAGCGUCAACGGCAUCGACCCCACGACGGCCGAGCGCUGCCUCGACUCCUUCUACCACCACUUCUUCGCAUCGCACCCCUUUGUCCUGCCCCGCGAGCAUCUCCUGAGGAUUGCAAAGGGGGGCAUGAUUGAGCCCUUGCUUGCCGCCAUUCGAUGGGUCGGGUCCAUCUACAUCGACGUCAGCCCCUCGGUCCGUGAUGGGUUGCUCGAAGAAGCCUGCAGUCUCAUCUACGAUCCCCAGCGGCCCAGGGAUGGCUUCCUCGUCCAGUCCAUGGUGCUGCUCAUCGUCGGUCUCGACGGCAGCUGCCAGCAGGAAAGGGCUCGCGAGAUCCUCAACGACGUGGAGCGGCUCGCCUUGGAAAUCGACCUCAACACUCGUCCCUUUGCCACCCUCCAAGGUCAGGGCAUCCCCGUCCUCGAGGAGAGCUGGCGGCGCACCUGGUGGGAUCUGUUCGUCGUCGAUGGCAUGGUUGCCGGCGUCCACCGUGUCACCAACUUUCUCCUCUUUGACGUUCCCGCCGACGUCGCGCUUCCGUGUGAGGAGCAUCAGUAUAUAUCCGCCAAAAUUCCGAUCCCGCUAUAUCUCGAGGACCUGGAGGAUCGAGACUUUUCCGAUGAAGACCGCGAAUUCUCGUCCUUUGCGUACCGCAUCCUGUGCGCCCGCAACUUGGGCAAGUUUAUGAGGACACCGCCCAUCUUCGGCCCCGAAGACGAGAACAUGGUGAGAAUCGAAGCCCUGCUCACAAACUGGAGGCUACACCUGCCCCAGUCCAAAAGGGACGCCCUGCAGACAGAUGGCAGGCUGGACGAGAUGAUGUUCCAGGCCCACAUGAUGAUGCACGCGACCUCGAUCCUUCUCCAUCAGCCUCACUCCCAACUCGACACGACGCCGACGCAGGACAUCAACUCGUGCGCGCCCCAUCAGAUGGUGCCGGCCGGAGAUCUCUUCAACGCGCACACAAAGCAUACCAUCACCUCGGCCAAUGCCAUCAGCACCAUGAUUACCCAUCGCGUACCGCUGCUCUCGCACACGCACUUCUUCACCUGCGUCAUUACGCUCUCGUCCAUUGUCCAUCUCAGCCGGUGGGCUCUCUUCUUUAUCCCCCACAACGACGACGAUCUGCGUCAGCAAGUUCGCCUCAACAUCGGAGCCCUCAACCGACUUGCCGAGGUCUGGGGGGCCGCCGACCGAGCUCGUGGCCAGGUCAAGCUUGUGGCGCAGGAGAUAUACCAGGCGAAGAAGCAGCAGCGGCUCAAUUCGGAGUUCUGGGUGGGACUGACGCAUGAGGACAUGCUUAACACGAUUGCAACCGACGACUCCAUCAUCAACGAAAUUGAGAGCUUGCAGACAUUGCCUAACUUGCUUGGUUGA